CUCACCUUUCUUCUCACAGCAGUCUAAGUUUUCCAGCUCCCGCUCCUUGUCGAUAUCGAGCACCUUUCUUUCCCACACCCUCCCAGCAGCUACUCUUUUCUCACCUCCCGCAACGAUGUACGCACUGAGCAACCCCAAGUCAGGCAAUGGCCUGUGCACAUUCAGGAACCAUGUUAGAUACGAUUUCCUGUGCCCAUAUUGCUUCCAGCCGCAGCACAGCGACGCCGAGGUUACUGCACACAUGGCCGUCUGCCAGCACAACGUCGAGAACUACCUUCGCAACCAGCGGUAGCUCGCCUGGCCCUCCCACUUUUUGCUUUCUGUAACUUUUUACUGGGCUUGGGGCCAGCUCUUUCCUCCCCGCGGUUGCAGGCUGGGAAAGGCGGCUCUGAAGUCGUUGUUAAUUCCAUUGUAUGAAUAAAUAGCCUUUUCAUUAUCC